UACAUGAUUCCAUGUGUUAUUUCAUAGUUUUGAUGUCUUUACUAUUAUUCUACCAUGUAGAAAAAUACAUUUCUAAGGUUGCUGCGUUCUAAGUUGGUGGUCAUUUUAUAUAUUGCAUUGAUGGUAUCGCAUUUCUAUAACUAAAUAGUUCGCUUGGUUGCAAAUAUAAGACUACAUAAUGGCAGUUUAUCGGACAGAGGUCUCUCUUGAGCUAUCACCAGCUUUCUACUUCCUUAGGUACGGAUAACGUGGUUGGCAGAGUUAGUACCAUGGAUAGUACAUGGAUUUUGAUUGGUUUACGGUUAAGUUCUUGGCUGUGUUUGCCUGUCCAGCUAGCAAACAAAAAAGCAAUUGUUUUGCAAGAAUUGACAUUACCAACAAAUGGAAAUAUGUUCAGAAUAAAUAGACACGAUAUGCAAAAACCAGCUCCUCCCUCGACAGAUCGAUCAUCUCGAAAGCUAAAGCACAUAGCUUGCUUCGAUCCACCGCCUAAACGUUGAAGUUUGACUUCAUGCAUCUCUGUUUUCACAAUGCCUGGCUGUUGCCUCGACAGAAUUUUGCUAUGCGGAUUUCAUCACUGCUAGCUUGAGUUAGGUGUUUUAUUUUUUUAAUGCACAUGACUGUGGCAAUAAUCAGAGGCUUUGUCCAUGGUAAUCUUGUAAACAAUUCAUUUAGACCCUACGUUUAUUUGAAAUGGGUGUUUAUUUGCUGAAAUAUGUCCCCAUGCUCUGAGUUUAAAAAAAGAAGUUAUGAUACUUUGUUUUUAAGCACACUUUUACAAGUCUGUCACAAGUGACCGCUCCAAUAAGCCCCCUAUGGUGAGCAACAUUUGAAUGAGAGGCUUGUAGAAUCAUGACUCAAGUUUAGUUCAUUGUUCGCCAGUAGGGUGUCCUGCGUGCUCUGGGCAUUAACGGACUCGAAUGAAUGAAAUUAGUCUAAAUAUUUGUUAUUUUGACUGAACGAGACAAAGAUCAGAGUCACUAAAAUGAGCCCAACUUCCCAUCACUAGAGCAGAUGUCAAUUCUUGAGCAUAGUGAGUGCGCUCAUUGUGUUCAAAGUAUAAUUAGGCAAAUAGACUGACUAACUCCGUAAACUGACCCUUUUAGCAUUGUUUUGUUGGAUAUUUUACGAAGGCAUCAAAUACUUGGCACACCAUGACAAAGUGAGAGACUAGGCUGUGAACCAUCCAGAGAUUUCAUUUAGCUGUAAUAAAAGGGCCCAGUUCGGCAUUAAUCUGUUGCUCCAGGAAGAAGAGGAUGAAGACACCCAGUGAUGGCAAGACUGAAUAAACACCCCAAUCUAGCUGAUUUAAACACCUCACUUGUGACAUGACCACCCCAUUUGUCCCAGAAGAUUUCUAUUUGUAGUGAGACUUUUAAAUAUUAAGUAUUGUGGAACAUUUCCAUAACUAAUCAAGAACACUCCAUAAUCCUGCCUUUACUGAAGAUUGACCAGCACUGUCAUUAUGAAGUUGCAUAGAAGAAAGGUUUGCCACAUAGAGAAUACAUUUUAAAUAAUAAUUAAUAGGCCUAUAAAUCUGUUAUUUUUCAAAUACUUGUAUCCUUAAGUUGAGUUGUCAACGAAAGUUAGUUUUAUCUAUUGGCCAAUUUUUGUUUAGUGGCACAUAAGCACUUCAAUUAUGAAACUAUACUUUGAUUCACAUUUUGGGUUUUUAAUAUGGCCCUCCCACAGGAGGCUGGUGAGAGGUGGACAGUUCAUAAUGAUGUCUGGAAUGGAGUGAAUGGAUUAGUAUCAAACUGUGUUUUUAUACCGUUAAGUGUGCUCAUUCCAGCCAUUACUAUGAGCUGUCCUCCCCAAUUAAUGUGCCACCAGAAGUCCAUUUUAAUAUUACAACAACACUUUUUGUACCCUUGCUUGAAAUUUGGCACUUGUCUAGUCACCAUAUGUGUCUUGCAAAGGGACAUUCUUGAAUAGUCUGGGGGUAGCCAUGUUGUGCUGGGUAAGUUUCGUCCACAUUUUUAUGGAAAAGUUGAGGCAUGUUGGUGUCCAAGCCUUUUAGACUACAUAGAGUAUGAACAGAAGUAAAUAAAUCCUUUGUUUUCCCCCCUCCUCCGUCCUAGAAAAGUCCCAGGGCAAAACAUACUUCGAUAUAGAGAAGCUUGUCCCACACAGAACAUAUGUGGAAUUUCCCAAGAAAGACGUGACACCAGCAGCUGCUGCCGCAGCAGAACUUGCUACCACCCCCAAACCUUUUGAAGCAGUUGCCGUAGAGCCAGUUGUCGCCGCCGCUGAAGCUGUAGCAGCUCCCGUUGCAGUCGAAGCCACACCUGUCGUCGAAACCGUUGCUCCCUCAGGUGAAGCAGUUGCUGAAGCCGCUGCCCCUACUCCAGCCGCUGCCCCCGUUGUUGAAGCCAUUGCAGUUGAAGCCAUUGCAGUUGAAGCCAUUGCAGUUGAAGCCGCUCCCGUUGUUGCUGCUGAAGCUGCCCCCGUUGUUGAAGCCAUUGCAGUUGAAGCCAUUGCAGUUGAAGCCGCUCCCGUUGUUGCUGCUGAAGCUGCCCCCGCUGUUGAAGCCAUUGCAGUUGAAGCCAUUGCAGCUGAAGCCGCCCCCGUUGUUGCAGCUGAAGCCAUGGCAGUUGAAGCCACCCCUGCCUUUGAAGCUGCUGCUCCUGCUUCAGCCGAAGCUGCCACACCCUCUGUUGAAACUGCCACUGAAGACUCACCUUCUGUCGAAGCCGUUGCACCAGCAGAUGAAGCCCCAGUAGAGGUUGCCCCUGCAGAAGCUGCCCCUGUUGAAGCUCCGGCUGAAGCCCAUGUUGAAGCCGUAGCAGAGGCUCCAGUAGAAGCUGACCCAGUUGAAGCUGCUGCAGAAGAUGUGGCUGAAGCUGCCCCCGCUGAAGCUGCAGCCGAAGCCCCUGUUGUAGCUGAGCUUGUGGCUGAAGCUGCUGCAGAGGUUGUAGCUGGAGCUGCCCCCGUUGACGCUGCCACUGAGGAGCUGGUAGACACCGCCCCUGUAGUGGCGGAGGCUGCAGGAGAGGAGCUGAUUGCAGAGGCCCCGGCUGAUGCAGUACCGAUUGAGGCUUCUGAGGGUAUACACCCCCCCCCCUCCCCCCGUCUAAACCCUUCUCUCCUCUCUGUGGAUCCUACAGUCUACCAACAGUCAUAUUUGUAUUCCCAUUUGAUGUUAAUAUAUUAUAACUGUAAGGAUAACUUGUAAAGAUACCCAAAAUCACAAAAGCGCUUUUUGUUCUUGCAUUGGGCAGCUUAUUGGCCUACCUUUUUUAGUGGGCUUAUUUACUCCAUAAUCUAUUUUGCUAUUUAUCCCUUAACUACCACAUUUCUACAUUGCAGCCAUGUAGACUCAAGCCACACAACCCCAUUCUCCUCUGUGUAUUUGUGGUCCUUCUGGGAUUGUGUGCAUUAACUUGUAACCAUGCUGCUUUGACCACCUUGAUGCAUGCAUCUGGGUGCAUCAUCAUUUUCUCAUGGGUUCAUCUGUGAUGGCCUGCACUGAUCUGCUUGGCUCAGUGUCUUUCUGCACUUUAUUUUGCCAUGUUUUUCCAGCACUCACUAAUUCUGAACUGCCCUCAUCUUUGUUUCUCAGCCUUUCCUUUCUAUUUUCACUUGAUCAUUGUGAUGUCAUUUACCUGCCAAUUAAUUUAUUUGCACAACUCCUCAUAUCCUCCUCCUCUAUUCCCUUCACCAAAUAUUGUUACAAAGACUUGAUUCUCAAUGCCCCUAAUUUUGUUUUUUUAUCAUUAAAACUACUGUUUGGUGUGUUUAUGUUAAAGAUUAUUUGUACGGUUAAUGCUAAAGUUACUGUGUACUGUCAAAAGUAAUGUUAUGGUCAUACUAGCCAACCAGGGUUUUGGCCUGUCUGUUGCCUCUGGGCAGCUACUGACGGAUUACAUUGUGAAAUGGGGUCUGAUUUCCUACUCUUCCCUUGUCGCACUUGUUUUACCCAGGAGGUGCAUGAUAUCAGUUAUCUGUAAUUGAUCCCCUCACUUCUGUAUUUGUUUGGUGCUGUAUGAGAUUACUUUGGAAAUGUCAAAUUUCCAUCCACUUUGUGGUCAAUGCACUCGGUGAGUUUGAGUUUGCACCUUGGUUGCUGUGUGUGGAAUUAAACAUGAGUAGGGGAAGAGGUUGUCAAUUAUUACCUUAUUUUUUAAAUGUACAUGAAUUGGUUAUGCAGGGAUAUAAAUUGCACAUCUCAAUCUCAAAUAUAGAUCCAGUGUCUGCCAAGUGAUGCUAUGAACUUGUGAUGCCUAGCAUGACACAGAACUUAUUUAACCUGUUACCUGACCUUUCACACUCAAUCCUUUCCUCUCUUACCCCUGUAGAUGCCAUACUGUCUACCACUCCCAGGUGCUGUUUUUGUGCAUGAGGGUUUAGGUCACAGAUGUGAUUAGUUUUAUUUUAUUAUGUGGUUUAAGCCAAAGGGGCAUGGUCAGAGUUGGAAUUUCUGUGAAUGAAUGGAAAAUAAUUUUAUUUUCUUGGAC